AUGUCUUGCUAUGACCUGUCCCCUAUCUCUGCCUGCGGCAUCUCCCGCCCCCAGCCUCUUGCCAACAGCUGCAACGAGCCCUGUGUGCGCCAGUGCCCCGACUCCACAGCCCUCAUCCAGCCUCCUCCGGCCGUGGUCACCUUCCCUGGCCCCAUCCUCAGCUCCUUCCCUCAGGAUGCUGUGGUGGGAUCCUCUGGAGUGCCCGUCCUUGGGGGCUAUGGGGGUUUUGGGGGUUAUGGGGCCUCCCUUGGCUAUGGGGGUGUGGGGGGCUCUGGCUCCUCCCUGGGCUAUGGGGGCCUGGGGGGCUAUGGGGGCUCCUCUCUUGGCUAUGGGGGUCUGGGGGGCUAUGGAGGCUCCUCCCUGGGUUACAGGGGCCUGUAUGGCUCUGGUAGAUCUUACAGCUCUGGCUCUUGCAGCCCUUACUCCUACCGAUAUGGCAGGAACCGCCGUGGCAGCUGUGGGCCCUGCUAA